AUCGCGUUUAGGCGCCGCCAUUUUGAAAGCUGGCUGCAGUUUGUUGAUAACUGUAACCUGAAGGCGAUGCUUCUCCGGUGAUAACGGCUGGCUGAGCGGAGGCGUCCGACAUGUCUUCCACCACUUCCACCACCAGUGACCUGCGAUCUGCUGACCUGAGACGCUCUCAUUCCACCCCUCGAAAUCCAAGCACAAAAGAGUCUGAUAUGGGGCGUUCAAAAAGUUGUGAUGUCAGCACCACCGGGGACUCCACCUAUUCCUUGUUGUCGCCCAUCUAUCAUGACAGCUAUGAAAGUGACUUUGAAGAUCGUUCCUUCCAUGUGGAGAUUUUGGCCAAAGAAACUGAAAAGAAGAAGCCUUGUAUUCAGGACCAAGGCGAGACCAGCACGGUAGAGCAGCCUCUAGCAGAUUUGAAGCUUUCUCCUUGGGAAACGUGGCUGCUGAGCAAGGAAAGACGAGGUCGACUUGAACUGCAAAACAAAAUAUUGGAGGAAUUAAAACAAGAGGAAGAAAGAAGAAAAGAGGAGCGGAAGACAGAGCAGAAAAAACAUUUGGCUGAAGAACAACACAAGGAAUGGGUCCGAAAAAAGCAUGAGCAGGAAAGAAAAGAGAAGGAACAAAAACUUCUCAAAGAGAAGCAGGAAAAGGAGUCUGAAGACCAGCAGAAACGUCUAAUAGAAGAGAAGAGUAGGGAGCGCUACCAAGGAUGGCUGAAGAAGAAGAAAGAAGAGGAGCAGGAGAGGAAGAGGAGGCAAAAGGAAGAAGAGGAGAAACGUUUAGCCGAGCAGAAAGAGAAGAAGGAGAAGGCAGAGCAGAUCUUCAAGGAGUGGGUGGAACAGGCCAAAAACAAACCACGACCGACGCUCAACAGCUAUGGCUAUGUCAACGGGAAAUUGACAGGUUAUUAUGAUGGAAGUUCCUACCCUGCUCCAGGGUUUUAUAACCCCAUUCCAUGGAAACCUAUCCCCAUGCCACCACCACCGAAGGAGACUGUAAAAAAACCCACGUCUGGAAAGAAUAAAAGACGACUCGUCUCACACCAGCUAUACCGAUCCAGCACGGCCAUUCUCUAUAAACCGAAGGACAAUCUACAAGUUGGUGGCGGGAUAUUUAGAAGAUAACAUGCCGUAUAGGAGGGAACGGGAAUAUAGAGGAGCUGGGUGAUGAAAGAACUAGUUUGGUUUAUUAAUCCAUUUUUUACAUAACAAUUUUUAUUUUUAUUUUUUACAAAAGAGUGAUAAACAAUUUUGUCAGUUUCAUUUAUCGCAAUGGUAAAAUGUUCUAUUCCCCUCUAAACGAAUACACUGUGCAGACACCGUCGCUGCGCAAAUAAGUGGACACAAAUGUACCGCCAAACAACGUGCAAAGGUGCCAGAGUCUUUGUCAGUCAAGGAAGCAGGUGAGUUUCUUCUCUCUCCCGGGACUGGUAAUUCUUGCUGCUUCUACUCUAUAAAUGAGAGACUAUGCUAAUAUUUUAGCAUAAAUUUUGUUUUACAUCAUGAUUUGUGACUUUUUUUUGCAGCAGUUUGGAAACUUAAACUGCUCCGUAAAUCUGGGACAGUUUUUUUUUUUUUUUGACCAUUUGGACGUUUACUUGGUACAACUAACAAUCACCCACAUAGGAAAAAACACCUAUGAGUCUUCCUGUUACGUGACUUUUCUGACUUAUCUUGGUUUCCUGCAGAGGUAAGAGUCCAUUCACACUUGCAUGAAGG